GGACGGAGUAUUGUGCCGAAAUCGUAUUGACAGAAAGAGACAAGACGAUGUAAGUAAGAUAACACUAAGAACAUAGGAUAUAAGAAAAAAGUAAAAUAUAAAAAUAUACGGUCAGAUUUCUCGGGGUCGCUAAAGGGGCCGUAAGGCCGACGGUCUUUUAUAGUAUCUCGUCGGUAGCACGGGGUUAUCGGGGAAAACGUGGCAACGAGAAGGACAGGAAGCGCGGCUCCACGAAACGCUCGAGGCCGAAGCCGGUAAUUUCGAUCCGAUUCGAAUUUCGCACAAACGGGCGCGGAGGACGAAGCGCGCCGACGCCGGCCGACGCCAGGCUCCCUUCGCCGCGUCAUGUUUAGGACGAUGAUCCCGGAAAGGGACGAGCGUGUGGACGGUGGGACUUUACGCAUUGCUGCUGCUGAAUUCGAAAUACUCGAUUCGAUUCGAUUCCUCGCUGGCAAUAUGCAACCACCGCUGCGUGACGUGGUCGCGGGGCAACUUCAGUGCAGGAUGGGCGGCGAUAAAUAGAGACGGCGCGAGCGAAUCCGCGGCGAGUUCACGUCACAUUUUGCGACGCGGCGGCCGCGCGAUCGAGCCACGUCUGGGUUCGCACGACGGGGAAAACGCUCGGGGAUCGGCGAGAAGCGUGUGAUAACAAAUAUGUGAGCGAGACGUGUGUAACGAACCCGCUACAUUUGUGGAGAACGAGAGAAAAAUAGCGAAAGGGGAGCAAACGAGAGAAAGAGGGAGUGAGUGAGAGUCUCACGCAGCGUUUUAUUCGUAUUUCUAUUUGCACGAUUUUUAACCUCGGCUAAAGAGACUGACGGGUGGACAACGAGCUGUCAGACGGUUAGUCGGGAAGCUAGAGAGCGGACGAGUCGGCGCCGAAGAUGUCAUUCGAGGGGAAGUACAACGCGAAGAGCCCAGCGGUGAAGCGAUUAAUGAGGGAGGCACAAGAGCUGCACGAAGCCACUGAAGAGUACUGUGCGUAUCCCCUGGAGGAUAACUUGUUCGAAUGGCAUUUCACAGUACAAGGGCCACCAUCUACAGACUUUGAAGGUGGUGUUUAUCAUGGAAGGAUCUUGCUACCACCAGAAUAUCCUAUGAAGCCACCGAAUAUCAUUCUGUUAACGCCAAAUGGACGUUUUGAGAUAAAUAAGAAAAUCUGCCUGAGUAUUUCUGGUCACCAUCCCGAAACGUGGCAGCCAUCCUGGAGUAUCAGGACUGCAUUGCUAGCUUUGAUCGCCUUUAUGCCUACACCAGGAAGUGGCACUAUAGGCGCAUUAGACUACAGCACCGAAGAGCGACAAAAGCUUGCAAAAAAAUCACAGAACUGGCAAUGCGAGACAUGUGGUAAAGUUGUGAACUUGUUAUCCAAGAACUCUGUGAAGAAGCCUAUCACUGAGGAAGAACAAAACAUGUUGAAAACUAUCGCUCUGAAGGCCGAUGACUCACCCACGUCAGACACAUUAUUUAUGGAUAAUAACGGGGAAGGUGUAUCCGAGAACGAAAUACGACACCGUAAUGUGGAAACGAACACGGAUAACGUAGACCGGCAGCAACCAGAUAUUAUUUUAAACCCCGUAGAGACAAUGUCCUCUUCGAACGAUUUAUUUUGGAGUAUUCUUAUUGCCAGUUUAGUAUCAGCGAUUAUUCUCCUGAUACUACGACGACUGUUUCUUGUUUAAUUUAUUCGUAUGUAUAUAUAUACAUGUACACUGCGUAUGUAUAUACAUACUCAUAUAUGCCACGCGCGCGAAUGUGGUGCUAUUGAAACGAAGUAAAUUUUAUACACGUUUUGUGGAUAUCGUUUCUAAGCUUACAAAAAACAAUUUGAUUCAUAUUACAAACAAUGCACGUAUAUGUAAUAUAUUGCAGACUAUCCGGUUUUCAUAAAAAUGUAAUACAUAUAAGUCAAUAAGUAUUAAUAUAUGUUAGUAUAUAUAUAUAUGUCCACCUUGUUCCUAUAAACCGCACUUGUAUCUCGUAAAUGUUCAAAAAUUUAUUUCGUCAUUGUAAAAUAAGUGAUUGAAUUCUUUUGUUUAGUCAAUUUAAUAAAUUGUCAAUGUAUUAAAUAAUUA